CGCACCUCCUUUGAGGCAGUGCGAAUGUGCCAGCAGCUUCAGCGGUAAGCGCUCUGAAAACCCAAACAAACGUCAGCGGCCGUGUUUUUGGGGAGGAGUAUAACUGCGAGUUUGAUCCAUUCCUGUACAGAUACUGUCAGUCUUCUGCAAGAAAAGUGAAAACUCCACUGACUCGUUCUGUUGGAAAAGAUAAAUCUAGAUGGAAGACCUGCUUUACAGAUGAAUACAUUUUUUUUUCUUUCCCAAGAAAGAAGCUGAUUACAGCAUCUGAAAUCUGAUAGUGAAGUUUGUCUGCUUUUAAAGAUCUUCUGUGCAUUGUCUAAUGCCAAAAAUAGAAGUACUUUGGGGUUGAGUUCCCCCCGCCAUUAAUUUUUGAGCUUGCAUGCCAACAAAAACUGAGCAGUACCCUUACUUUGUUUCUGUCACAACACUCAGAAUAGUUAAAUGGCCAUCAUACAAAUGUGAAAGUAAACCAUAUACACAUUAAAACCUGCAUUAUAAUGCAUCACACGACAGCAUCCAUAUAUCACUAACCAUAACUGAACAUGACAGUAAUGUAACAUUGGAUUUUACAUCUUUCACUGUCAUGUGACUUUGAAUCUUUGAGCAUUAUUUUUUUCCAAACUCAGUCUUUUUCACCAGUUUAAUGAGGUGAGCAGUGGUUUUCAGCCCACUCCAUUGCAAAUAAAACUGUCUUGAUUUCCUUUUUUUUUUUCUUUUUUUUUUUUUUUUCUUUUUUUUCUUUUGCAUGUAUCAGUCACUCAAAAUGAUUCGGUAAAUAGUGAGUGAGCAACAGACCCUACUGGCACACAGUGUGGCAGGAAAACCUGUCAUUGCUUCCCCCAUCUGGUGUCAAAACUACUAUCUGCUGUUAAUGCUGUAGGACAACUUUUAGCAAACUUUUUUUUUUUUUUGAUUUAAAAACAGACAACUUGGCUCUGCCUCACAACCUGAACAAAUCAGAGGUCAAUCAUUGAAUUUUCCCAAUCAGCAUCCAACUCAAUCAGCAUUUCUCUAAAAAAAAAAAAAAAAACUAAAACCAAGUGAAAUAAACAAAUUUGAGCAACUUACCUGGGGAAAACUUGCCUCUACUUGGAACUGCAUAAAUCAAGUUGGACAUCAAACGCUUGGAAAUCUUUCAAGAAGAAGGCUUUUUGUUCAGUCUCUGCUUCAUAGUCACUGCUUGGACAGUUCAUCAUUCCGGAUCAUUCCUGUGACCAUUUGACCCAUCUUGCAGUGCUUCAUCCAAGAUAAAGGGAUUUGCUUCUGGAGAGACUGCUUGCUUUGUGCUGGUGAAGGUGGAGAGGACGUAGUCUUGUGUGAUCAGCGCCAACAGGCCUGAGGAACUGAGCCCAGCUGGACAGGGAGAAGGCAAAGGACUUCAGAGCCACAGACUCUGGGAUCCUUGCCAUGAGGUUUGAUGCCUCAAUCCACUGACUGGAAACACUGGACCUAAAUGGCGCAGCAUGACUUUGUCCCUGCCUGGCUUAACUUUUCCACACCCCAACCUGCCAAGUCCCCUGCUGCCAACCUUGACAAGCAAGGUGAAGCCCACCACCACAGAGAUAGCAGAACUGCAGUGAGCCGCCGCCGCCACAAUUCUUCAGAUGGUGUUUUCAACAAUGGCUCCCUUCGUGCCCCAGCAGGUGACGGAUGGCAGCAGCCCUCUUUGCUUCUGAGGCAUGACUCUGUGGACUCUGGGGUGGCAAAAGGAGGACAUGGUGGGUUGGCAGGAGGUUCAUGUUGGAAGGACACACCCACCUGGCAUGGCACUCCACGCAGUGCCCAAGAUGGCCACCACCAUCAGGGACGCCAUCCCAAACGGGGAGGAGGCGACAGGGACAGGCAGGGGGGACACCGGCAGCGCAAUAGUAACUUCCAUCCCCGCAAGGGCACCUCGUACCAAGACAAAUUCCCCAACGAGGAACGCAAAGACAACAAGGACGACAAGCUGAAGUUUGUGGAAGAGGACUUUCCUUCGCUCAACCCUGAAACAACUGGAAAGCCUGGGUCUCAGAUGAGAGCAGUGGCUCCCCAUGCUGGGGUGUGGGAAAAUCCCCCGAGUGGAAAACAGAUGGUGUCCAAAAUGCUGGUUAUCAAGAAGGUUUCCAAGGAGGAUGCCAGCACAGCCUUCUCUGCAGGGUUUGCCACUGCUGGUGUCCUGCCCACCAAUGGCAGUAAAGUUCCCAUUGCAGGCUCCAGUGUCUACAAGAAUCUGGUCCCAAAGCCUGCUGUGGCUCCCACCAAAAGCACCCCUUGGAAAUCUGGUGGUAGAGAGAUCACAAAGCCUGGCCUUCAUGUGCCAGGCCGAGACUCGGUCUUCACCAGCCCCGUCUCUGCGGUCAAACCCAGCACCCCAGUCAGUGCACCACAGCACAACGCCCCAAAAGAGCACCCUUCCAGCACAACUCCACCCAUAGACAUCGCCCCAUCGAGGCUGAAACUGAUGCGUCGUGGUCCAGACCGUAAAAGUGAGUUCCUGCGAGCCCUGAAAGAUGAGGGAACCGGAGAGCUGAUGACGAGCAGCAGCCCAGGAACAUCAGGAGAGGGAGAAAGCAGCACCCCAGAGCCUAAAGCCUACAGCGAAGAAGUCUGCCAUGAGAAUGGUCUGUCCUACUCCCUCAGUGACUCGGACACUGAGCACCUGUCCAGCUCCCUGGAGGCAGAGCACAGGCUGUUGAAGGCCAUGGGCUGGCAGGAGUACCCAGAAAAUGACGACAACUUCCUUCCUUUGACAGAAGACGAGCUGAGGGAGUUCCAGAAGAAAACUGAACAGCUGAAGAGGAACGGCAUGCAGAGGAACGGGGUCCUGCUGAGGCCACGGGGCGUGACUCUCCACUUCACCCCCUGGAGGAGUGUGACGGAGGCACACGUCGAGGAGGGCUCGGAGUCCGAAACCAGUAGCAGCAGCCAGACCUCUGACGAUGACGAUGAAAUCAAAUCCUAACGUGGCUUUACGGAACAAAAACCAACACAACAGCCAACACCAUAUCCCAGCAAGCAGCACCCCCCCACACCCCCCAUCAGUUUUUAGAGCACCAUUUUGAAUUUCUUUCAUUUUGAUUUUUGUUGUUCUUGCACAAGGGAAAAACCAAUCAUAUCUCAGUGAAGGGGGAGAUUCCUGCUCUGCCAGACGUCGUUUUCCCUGCGUUUCCUCCUUCACUGCAGUUCUUGCCCUCUUUGACCCCCUCCCCCUUUACCGUUUUCUUCCUCGCUUUGUGGAACUGAAGUGUUCAUCAAGAAGGGCAAUGAAUGCACACUUGAUUCUGCUUUAAACAGACUAACUCAUUUCAUUGAUGAUGCUGAUGACACAUUAAUGAUAUUAAUAAAAAUUGGUUCCUGACAAGCUGAUAUGUUUCAAUAUGAA